AUGAAAGUGCUGGCAGCAAAAAGGGCGACGCAGCGGAGCUGUAUUUUGCCUAAGGCGUUGAGUUUGCUGCUGCUGCACCACAGCCCCGUAUGCAGAUGCCUACAGCAACGCCUCUCGACUCCUCCCAGCCACCAGCAACCACCAGCAGCGGGACCAAAUGCAGCAGCAGCAGCAGCAGCCCCAGCAGCAGCCCCAGCAGCAGCCCCAGCAGCAGCAGCAGCAGCCCCAGCAGCAGCAGCAGCAGCCCCAGCAGCAGCAGCACCAGCAGCAGCAGCAGCAGCAGCAGCAGCAGCAGCAAUAUACUUGGUGGUUGCAUGCAGCAAGUAUCAUGCCAUCGAAGACCCUGAGCUCGUGGAUGCCGACGCGCAGCCGCAGCACAUCCGCCGCCUCAGAGACAACCAGCAUACCUUGCACCUGCACAGACACCCCACACAUGCAUGCACGCAUACAGCAGCAGCAGCAGCAGCAGCAACAGCAGCAGCAGCAGCAGCAGCAACAGCAGCAGCAGCAGCAACGAAGGCAGAUACAGCUGAAGGUAAGAGAAAGGGAGCUGUAGGAGUUGUCUUUGUCAAUGCAAAUGAAAACAAAAGGAGACACAGAGACACAAAAGGAGACAAAAGGAGACAAAAGGAGACAAAAAAGGAGACAGAUGGAGACAAAAGGAGACAAAAGGAGACAGAAGAAGACAACAAGAGGAGACAGGAGACAGAAGAAGAAAACAAAAGGAGACAAAAGGAGACAGAAGGAGACAAAGGAAGACAGGAGACAGGCGGAGACAGAUGGAGAAAACAAAAGGAGACAAAAGGAGACAAAAGGAGAAAACAAAAGGAGACAAAAGGAGACAGAAGGAGACAGGCGGAGACAGACGGAGACAGUUGGUUUGUGUCUGACCCUGGAGACCCUGAGGACGUGGAGACAGCCGUUGAGGGGAGCGUGAGAGGCGCGGCCCCACACACAGAGCAGCAGGAACGUGCGUGGGGUGCGGCAGCACCAGCAGCAGCAGCAGCAGCAGCAGGUGUAGACCCUUCUGCUGCCUCUGCAGAAGACGCCUGCAACGAGCUGCUACCCCUGUUACUACCACUACCACUACUGCUGCUGCUGCUGCUGCUGCUGCUGCUGCUGCUGCUGGAGAGGCGCGGCCCCACACACAGAGCAGCAGGAACGUGCGUGGGGUGCGGCAGCUGGAGAGGCGCGGCCCCACACACAGAGCAGCAGGAACGUGCGUGGGGUGCGGCAGGAACGUGCGUGGGGUGCGGCAGCACAAACUUGCCCUCUACGCGUUUUGUUGUGGGGUUUAUAAACAAAACACAACUCGGCUCCUCGCGGCCAGCCUAG